AUGGAGGAUAAUGAUCCUCAGGAUGACAUCAAAUACAAAAAAGAAAAGAACAAACAUAAUACAGAUGCUGAUAUUUCAACUUUAAAUGAAGUUGAUAUAGAUAAUAAGCCGAUUGAUGAAAAUUAUUUAUCUGAUCUUAGUACAUAUCUAGAAAUGUCAAAAGGAGAUAAUGAAACAGAAAUAACAGAUGCAAUAAGCUGGAUUAAUAAAAUGUUUCCACAUAUUUUCACAGAAUGUCCCAUUGAAUUUAUAUUGGCACUUAUUGGCUUUUGCAAAUCCAAUUUUGAACCACUAAAAACGGAAUCAUUUGAUUUAUUAAUAAGAUUCUUGCAUUCUAAAAGGAGUGAAGAAAUAAUUGAACCUUUAAUCAAUAGUAAUAUAAUAGAAAUGAUAAUUCCUAAUUUUCCAAGCAAUCAGGCUGUUGAAAUUUUAGGCCCAUUAUCAAGGAAUCCAAUUGGAAAAAAGAUAAUGAUGGAAACAAAUCUUUUAUCAGCUUUAAAUGAUGUAUUCACAGAUGGAUUAGAGGCAGAAUCUGCUGGUUUAAUUGCCCAGUUCAUAGCAAAUCUAACAAUGGAUCAAUUUACAUAUUUAGAUCAAAUUCCAAUUGUUUGCCAAUUAAUGCUAAAAUUUAAACCAUAUAUCAAACCAGAAAUAGAUGCAAUCAUUGCGUCUAAUAUUACUCGUGCAUUUUGUAAUUUUGUUCAUAGUAAUCAUGAAUUUUGCCAAUUUUUCAAGGAUAACUUUGAUAUUAAAAUGUUUUACAUAUACAAUGGCAAUCCAUCAGAAGCAGACGAUGAUUCCAAUGAGGAUAUGCUUACAGCAAAAUAUGGUUCCAUAUCAGAUGUAAUUGUGAUGAUAAACGACUUGAUUGAAGAUGAAGAAGAAUACUGUGAUUAUGUAUUACAAAAUAAUUUACUUGAAUAUAUAGACGAUGUCUUUAAUUAUGAAGAUAAUUAUUUAAACUCAGUAAUUACAGAGUUAUUAACCGAAAUUUUAGGAAUAUUUCCACAGAUAUUCAAGGCAUACCAUGAUCUAAGUUAUGAUUAUAAGCUUACAUCAGUUUUAGUUGAUGAAGAAAUUUCAGUUCAAUGGAGAAUCGCCAUUCUAACUUUUAUUGCGGUAUUCAUUAUAUCAGGAAUAGAUGUUGAUCGGGAUACAUUUGUUGAAAUACAAAACAGUCUUCCUGAUGGAGGAUUCUUUACUGCUUUAUCAAGAAACAUUGAAAUUGUGACAGAUACUGAUUUAUAUGAACCAAUACUCGAUGCUUUCUUAUGUAUCAAUGAAUUCGAGAGAUCUGAAGAAAUUGAAGAAAUUCUUAUGGAAAUGUCAGAAAACUCAGAUCUUAGAGAUUGGCUUGAAAACAUUGAAAACACACAUCAUAUAAAGAACAUCGCAAAAGCUCAUAUUCUUGAAGAUUUACUUGAUUCUAUGCUAGAAUAUGAUUAG